AGUUCACGCCAUUUACGUUGCUGUGUAUAAGUCAUAAGAUUGAAAUGUUUUUUGAAUCUUGCCUAAUAUUAUGGACUGCUCUAAUUUUUAUACAACGAUCUGAAAACACCCCAUUACCCCAAUCCGUAACUGAAGAAAAUAAAUCCGAAAAAAUGAAUUCCGUGACUUUGAAGAAAACUGAGGACUCCAGUCGGCUGUUUGUGGUGCUGAAGCACCUGCUGCUGUGGCGCAACUUCCGAAUGACGCUGAUCGUCUUCACGAGCGUGCUGCUCCUUUUGCUGGAUGUGAUGGCCCACUCGGUGAUCAGUGUGGUUAGCAUGGCAGGCAUCACUGUACUCCUUGCGGCCAUUGCUCAUCGCUGCUACUUGCAGUUCUGGAGGUCCUGGAAAAGAGAUGGCAGCAAGGAGCAGAUUCCACGAUGGUACCCUCAGGUGACUAUCGAUAUUCCCCGGGAGGAGACUAUGCGACUGGCCGGAAUGGCGGUGCUUCAUUUAAACACGAUCUUAAAUCGUCUGAUGGGAUUGUUUCUUGUGGAGAAGUGGGAGGACACCUUAAAGUUUCUGGUAUUGCUCUGCGGCAUCAAUUUGCUGGGCGACUGUUUCAACGGCUUGACAUUGCUGCUUUGUGGACACGUCCUUGUUUUCACCCUACCAAAACUGUACGAGUGGUACAAGCCAUUAAUUGAUGCCCAGGUCCGAAAAUUCCGUAAGUGCAAGCAGCUAGAGAAGAAGACUGUAUCCGAAACUACGACUGAAAAAACGGACAAUAUUCAGGAAGAAUAUCCGAAGGAAGUGCCUUUUGAAGGCCAGGAGUCCAGUGAUGGCAAUAUACUGUAUCUGCUGGAGGAGGAGCACCGCAAGGGAUGUCGUUGCUGCGAUUGCGAGCUUCAGGAUUUGCCCAUCAAGGCACACCAACUGUAAUCAUUUAAUAGUUUCCUUUGAUGUUUGUGUUCAAAAUUUGUUUUGUGACUUAUAUUAUAUGUUUAUUUCCCACUCA